AUGAGUCGUGCCAGCAGAUCCCACAUGGGCCCUCCCCCAAACAUAGGCCCUCCGCAGGACGUCGUCAUGGGCCCGCCCCCUUUGCCCCCUCAGCCUGCCCAGCCUUCCCCUCAAAAGCCUCGCGAGUCUCAGGAAGUGUCUGAAAAGUACAGGAGACUCAAGAGAAAGUAUUUCGAGCUCGAAGAGAAACACAAGGAGAGUCUCAUCCAGCUGCGAAACUCCGGCGAGCGCAAUGUCAAGUGGAGGGCAGAACGCGCCAUGCUCCUUGACCGUAUUGCAGAACUCGAGACCAGCCCCCAGUACAAUCCCGGCGCGCCCAUCCCUGCGCCCCCUUUCACUGCCUUUCCCCGUUCAUUGCUCUCCGUCAACAGCCAAAAACAUUUCGUCAACAACCUCAGACAGGCCAUCGACGAGCUCGACCGUGAAGACCCUGACGUUGACCCCUUCGUUCUCUCUCGACAUAUUGGCCCCGAAGCACGCAAACGUCAAGAAGCAGAGAUAAAAGAGAGGCAGGAGGAGGAAGCUAGGGAGGCCAGGAGAGCUUCAAGGAGACCUCGCGCGUCUCAGAAGGGCAAAGAUGGUAGUGCCCCAUUAACGUAUGCUCCGGCUACACAGGGUACCCCUCCCGUCCUUGUCUCCAGCUCUGGCACGCGUUUGCGUCUCAAACCGCCCGCGCCGCCUUCUGCUGAGUCGGGUCCCAUGCCUGCGUCGUCAUCCGGCGCUCAUCACCCAUUACAGCAAUUACCGCCUCAGCCACAUGGCGCUGUGCCCGUCGGACACCAGUAUCUUCCUCGAUCGGAGUCUCCCAUUUCGCCGGUCGUAUCGCCCCAUGACGAGUAUCCCCCUCCGGUGCCCAAUGUUGCGUCGUUGUCGCCCCCUCAGCGACCCGGGGCCGCGCCAGGUCCCGCUCCUACCCAAUCGCAAAUGCAGAUGACAUUACGCACGUCGUCUUCGGGCAGCUUAUCUACAUCCUGGCCGGAUGCUCAACGGCAUGCAAAGCCAAAACGGCUGAAAGCGCACACGGUGCAGAGCAAGAGCUACAGCAUUCCAGUUGUCCCUCGUGACAAGAAAGGUCGCCCACUUCUCCCGCUCAACGUCGGCAUCAUGACUCUCAUGAGUCUAGGCACUGUCUGUAUGCGAGAGCACUUUCAUACAGAGAGAUACAUUUUCCCUAUCGGCUAUGAGGUCAAUAGGCGUUAUAUGUCGAUGAUUGACCCAAACGCCGAAACUGUCUACUAUUGUACUAUCCUUGACGGCGGGGAUGGGCCCAAGUUCAAGAUUAUCCCAGGCGAUAUGAAUGACAAGCCAAUCGUUGCAGGUACCGCGACCGGAGCGUGGGCGGUCGUUGUGCGCGCGGCGAACCAAAUUCGCAAUCGACAACACUCAAAUUCAGUCUCCGGUCCGGACUUCUUCGGCCUCGGACAGAACACCAUCAAACAUCUCAUUCAAGAGCUGCCACACGCACGGGACCUGAAGGAUUAUGUCUGGCAACACUUUGUUGAGGGCGGGCCGUUAGGAGGACGCCAUGCCGCAGUGAUACCUGCACUACCAGACGAACAAGACGGUCAGGGACAACAAUCGGGUGGAGGUUACGGCUCAGAGCGCGAAGGGGAGCAGGACCGGCCACGGGAGUUGCAGAUCAUACAGGUCGAGAACGAGGACCCAGGCCGUGGGCAGCCGUACUUCCCUCCGCCACCCAACGUGACGCCCAUCACGUUCCAGCAGGAGUACCCGGAGUAUAUGCGCACUACGCGAACACGCGAACAGCCUCAACGCAGCCGCGAACGUCGUGGAUCGCGCGCAAGCAACCCCGCGUACGACGAAUACGCUGGUGGACAUCAUGUCCGCGGUGAGUCGCCCCCACCGCCUGCAUCACACCACCGAACCUCGCAUUCCCCUACGAUAUCGCGGGAGAGGGAGAGAGACUGGGACCGUGAGAUGGAUCGCGAGCAGCAUUCGCCAUCACAGCAUCCCGCACACGCGUGGCAUGAACACUCUCCUGCCGGGCACCAUCGUGCGCCAUAUUCCCCGAGUCACCCGGAAGCACAACGUCGCUAUAUGCCAGCGUCUUCGCCACCCCCGCAAGUUCCAGCGCCAUUCGCGAGCAUCAUGCAUGCCUACCCCGCGCCCCCUGUCGCUCCUUCUGCCGUCCCGGAGGCUGAAUAUGUAUACGCAAAUGGCAACGGAGGUAGGCGGAACGGACAUGCUAGCAUGCAGACAUUUCCUGCUGGCGAGCGCUGA